AUGACAUUACAGGGAGAAAGGUGUGGACUUUGGGGAAAGGAUCUGGGAAGAGGAAAGAGAGGGGGGUUUGGGAAGGUGUUAGAACCCGAUGGGAAUUGGAACAUCGUUUGGCGCAGACCGGUUGGGCCGAGCGGCUCAGUGACGGUUCCCCCGUUUUCUUGUAUUCCAGGCGUGCACGCUCUCCUGCGCAAGCUACAGUUCCUGUUCGAGCUGCCUGCCCGGCUGAAGAAGUGCGUGGAGCUGGAGGCGUACGGGCAGGCGGUGCGCUACUACACCAAGGCUCGCUCCGUUCUGCUGCAGUACCAGCUGAUGCCCUCCUUCCAGGGCAUCCACAACGACUGCAGCAAGAUCAUGGCCGACCUCGCCCACCGGCUCCGCGUCCAGUUCAGGGAGGGCGGCUCGAGCGCCCAGCAGCUGGCCGGGUGCGUGGACUUGCUGCUGCGCCUGGAGGAGCCGGCCGAGUCGCUGUGCGACGAGUUCUUGUCCCACGCCCGCAGCCGGCUGGAGGGGCACCUGCGGGCCCUGGAGUCCUCCCCCCCUUCCGCCGACUUCCUGGAGUUCGUGGACGCCGGCUGCCACGGCUUCGUCAGCGACACCUGCCUGCUCAUCGCCUCCUACCAGGAGCUCUUCGUCCGGCGGCCGGCCGCGUCCGGGAGCGAUGUGGCGCCCAUGGCCAACGCCAAGCUCCAGGCUUUCGUCCGCCAGCUGAUGGGCUGCUACUUUGAGCUGGUGGAGGGGCGUGUGGCGGCCGAGAGGGGCGUGGCGGACAACUCGCUGCUGGUCCGGGGCCUGGACCGCGUCCACCGCCGGCUGCAGGCGGUCGAGAGGCUGCUGCCCGGCUCGGGGCUGGGGGCCGAGGGAGCGGAGAUCGUGGCGCGCGCUGCCUGCGGGCGCCUCGGCCAGUACCUGGAGGCGCUGCGCGGCUUCCUGGCCGACUCGCUGACCGACGUGCGGCAGUCGCUCGCCGCGCCCCGCGUUCUGGGCAAGGACGGACCCGGCCUGUCGGAGCUGCUCGCCACCCUCUCUGCCUCCCUGCUGAACCAGGUCAAGUCGGUGCUGGCGUCCGUCCACCUUUUCAUCGCCAAGGACAUCACCUUUUCCGACAAGCCUUUCUUCAAGGGGGAGUUCUGUAGCCAGGGUGUGCGCGAGGGUCUCAUCGUCGCCUUCAUUAGACACGUGUGCCAGACAGCGCGGCAGUUCUGCGAGACCACCGGCGAGAAGAGCUCAACGCCGCCCGGCCUGCUGCUACUGCUCAGCCGCCUCUGCCUCGACUACGAGACAUCCACCAUCAGCUACAUCCUCACGCUGACUGACGAGCAGUUCCUUGGCCAGGACCAUUCGCUCGUGACGCCGGUGACGGUGCUGUGCGCGGACGCCCGUGAGUCAGCCCAGCGGCUCCUGAACCACUACGUGAAGGUGCAGGGACUGAACGUCUCGCAGAUGCUGCGCAAGAGCGUGGAGACGCGUGACUGGAUCAACACCAUCGAACCGCGCAACGUGCGGGCCGUGAUGAAGAGGGUGGUGGAGGACAUCACCUCCAUCGACGUGCAGGUUGGACUGCUGUACGAGGAAGGCGUGAGGAAGGCGCACAGCAGCGAUUCGAGCAAGAGGACCUUCUCCGUGUACAGCAGCUCCCGGCAGCAGUCACGCUACACCCCCAGCUAUACCCCCAGCGCCCCCAUGGACGCCAACCUGCUGAGUAACAUCCAGAAGCUGUUCUCCGAGAGGAUCGACAUCUUCAGCCCCGUCGAGUUCAACAAGGUCUCCGUGCUGACGGGCAUCAUCAAGAUCAGCCUGAAGACCUUCCUGGAAUGCGUGCGCCUGCGCUCAUUCGGUCGCUACGGCCUGCAGCAGAUCCAGGUGGACUGCCAGUACCUGCAGCUGUAUCUGUGGCGCUUCGCCUCCGACGAGAACCUGGUGCACUUCCUGCUCGACGAGAUCGUGGCCAGUACUGCCCACCGGUGCCUGGACCCCGUCACCAUGGAACAGAGUGUCAUCGAGGUCAUCUGUGAGCGGGGCUGAACCCCCCCCCCCCCCCACCGUCCCAUCCUCCCCUCGCCCUGUCCCGUGCCGCCCCUCCAGUCCCGUCCUCUGGCGUCCCAUCCUCCCCCCGCCCUGUCCCGUGCCGCCCCUCCAGUCCCGUCCUCUGGCGUCCCAUCCUCCCCCCGCCCUGUCCCGUGUCGCCCCUCCAGUCCCGCCCUCUCCCGUCCCAUCCUCCCCCUGCCCUGUCCCGUGCCGCCCCUCCCGUCCCAUCCUCCCCCUGCCCUGUCCCGCCCUCUUCCCUGUCCUGUGUCGCCCCUCCAGUCCCGCCCUCUCCCGUCCCAUCCUCCCCCUGCCCUGUCCCGUGCCGCCCCUCCCGUCCUAUCCUCCCCCUGCCCUGUCAUGCCCUCUUCCCUGUCCCGCCCUCUUCCCUGUCCCGCCCUCUUCCCUGUCCCGCCCUCUUCCCUGUCCCGCCCUCUUCCCUGUCCCGUGUCGCCCCUCCAGUCCCGCCCUCUCCCGUCCCAUCCUCCCCCCUGCCCUGUCCCGUGCCGCCCCUCCCGUCCCAUCUUCCCCCUGCCCUGUCCCGCCCUCUCCCGUCCCAUCCUACCCCUGCCCUGUCCCGUCCUCUUCCCUGUCCCGUGCCGCCCCUCCCGUCCCAUCCUCUCCCUGCCCUGUGCCACACCUCCCCGUUCCCUGCUCCCUGCCUCCCAUCCAGACUUCUCCCUGCUCUGUGCUGAUACUGCCGUCCCGUCUCCUCCCUGCCCUGUGCCUCCUGUCUUCUCCCUGCCCUGUGCCGAUCCUGCCAUCCCGUCCUUUCCCUGCCUGGUGCUGCCCCUCCCAUGAUGGGAGGCCAUUCUACACCUGCAGGCCUCUCCUGUCUCCACGGCUUCCCGGGAUCCCUGUUUUCUCUUUGCCGUCCUUGUGCUUCCUCUGCGGGCCUGGCCUCCAUUCCAGAAUUUGUCACCUCGAAGUGGGUGCACUUGUCGCUUCUUGUCCUGACAACUUUGAGGCUUGGACAGCGCGCAACUUUCCUCUGGGUCUCUGCACCUUCUCAACAUUACCGUGUGUCAGAGCCGGACUGUAGCUCCAAACGCCAGCCGAGCCUCGCUCCCUACCCCUGAGGUGGGGCCGACUCCUCUCGGGGAGAUCUUCCCAAGAGCCCAGGGAGACCCGUUCCACCCCACCUCACUUCCCUGUGAAUUGUCCCUUUGUGAUCUGCCCCAAUCUUCUCAUUCCCGUGGAGCAGGGUCUCCCUCCCUCCCCCUCGCUCCCUGUGCGGUACACGUGUACAUUUUUUGACAGCCUGUGGGAGUUGAGCUUGUAGGCUGACUCCCCACAAGGGUGUGACAUAUGAUUUAUGUGUAAAUACUUUGUGGGAAAAUAAAUCUACAUUCAGUCUC